AAGCGGACCAGUCAUGCCCUCAGUCUUAUCUUCCAUCUAAACUACCUCGCUUUCGGACGCGGACUGCCGGGAAUACGAUGAACUAGUUGCUGCGGGCAGCGGUAGAGCGAAACCCCGCACCCUGAAUUGUUAGAAGUUCGGACUGCCCUUCCGAUAUCUCUGUUGUUCUGGGCUGCUGGGCGAGACGUCACUCGGAUACCUUAUCCACCGUACACCACAACUCACACUGCCCUACGCUUGCCAACCUCUGGAAGUGCUUCCGAGUUUGAGGCCAAGUUGGGAAAAUCAGUUGCUAUAGCCCUGAAAAUGGAGUCUUCUAAUACUCAACGUCGUAUCACGAAACGGUCAUCUUAUGCCUGCUCGCGAUGUCGGAGGCAAAAGAUCAAGUGCUCGGGCCUUCACCCGUGCAACAAUUGUACGCAGAGGCGGUUGACAUGUAUCUUUGAUGAGCGGGAUAACAAGGUUAUGGUGACGCAGGGAUAUCUGUCAGAGUUGCAGCAAAAGGUGGCACGUCUAGAACGAGCUCAAGCAAGAGCCCUGGUGGAGCAAAGUUUAAGGCAUGCUGAUGGCGAUGACGAUGCUGUCGCGUGUCGUGAAGAUGACCCAAAUAACCCUUCACGCUUCGAUGAGCGUAGACGAAGUUAUCAUACGCCAGAGGGAACAGGCGGGAACUCACCACCGGGAGAUGGAGAUGGCCCAGACUUGACGAAUCCUCUUACUGCAACGCCAUCUCGAUUCUGCAUGUCCGAAUCCAAUGGACAGCCAUACUUCCUCGGCUCCUCAUCGAAUUGGUCAUUCUCUCGCCAAGUCCUAAGCGUCACCCAUGAGCAUGUCUGCCAAUCCCCCCUCCCAACAAACAGCCUCCUCUUCGACGGUUUCGCCUACGACCUGGGCUGGGAUGGCUCCCGAACGACGCAGACGCUCGACAACAGACUCAUCCCGAGCCACGACUACGCCAUCUUCCUCAUCAACGCCGUAAAGUUCCACUGCGGGCAAAUGUUCCACCUCUUUGAGGAAGAAGAGUUCAUGCUCCACAUGCAGACGUUUUACGCCAAGUCCUCGACUGACCGGGCAGAGGAGAACAGUCUCUGGUACAUCCACUUCCUCGUGAUCCUGGCGUUUGGCAAGAGCCUCAUCCAGAGAAAGACGCAGGGGAAUAAUAGGCCGGCCGGGGCGGAUUUCUUUGUGCGGGCGCUGCAGCUUCUGCCUGAUGUUACGGCGCUAUGUAAGGAGCCUAUCAUGUCGACGGAGAUUUUGUGCUCGAUGGCGUGGUAUUAUCAAGCGUUGGACUUUCGACAUGCAGCGCACAACUUUAUUGGACAAGCCAAAAGCGUGGCAAUGAACCACGGCAUGCAUACAGACAUGCCGGUUAUGGACCUGGGACCGGGCCUAGUUCAACGAUGCCGCAAGAUCUGGUGGACAGUCUACGUUCUCGACCGGCAAAUGACCUCAUUGAUGGGGCUGCCUCAAUCAACUCUGGACGAGGGCGUCUUUUGCCAGCUUCCAUCAUAUCCAGGUUCCGUUCACCGCACCACUGCAUUGAGCAUGCAGAUCAAGUUUGCUCGAAUCAUUGCAGAAAUAAGUAGCACCGUCUACGGUGCAAACGGCCGUCUCAACAAGAAAUUCGUCCUGAGCACAAAGGCGGUGCUGCAAAGCAUCGUUGCCGUGGCCGAUGAGCUGCGUACUUCAUUUCCAUUGUUUGCGGAUGAACGCUUUGACGGCAUCUCGAGACUUUCUGCCCACUUGCAUCUCCUUUACUACCAGUGCAUCAUCCUCGCGACUCGACCUCUGCUCUUAUGUUGUUUGAUCAAGAGAUUCAACUCCCCGCUCGAGGCGGACUCGUUGAUGGCAUCGCCAAAAGUUCGGAACCCGCUUCAGAUGUGCGCAGAGUCUGCUAUACAGAUUUUGAACAUUCUCGAUCGACUAAGAGCGCAGGGGCUGCUUGAAACAUUCCUUCCACUAGAUCUAGACUCUCUCUUCGUGUCAACAAUCGCUCUACUCGUCGCCCGCGGGGUCGACUCGCGUCUCAUAGAGAGCCAAGUCCCCUGGCUCGACAAGUCACACGCCAUCGUCGAAGAAAUGGUAGCAAGCGGCAACCUCAUUGCCGAGUUUAGAGAGAAGGAGAUGCAAAAGUUGGAGGAGAUGCUGCUCGAUUUCGACGCAACUAGACCGCGGCUAUUGGCUGACUCGACGACCAUUGUCGCACAGCAGCAGGAGCCAUUACCACAACCAGACUGGCAACAACAGUCAGACGUACCAGUCCCUCUCCUACCGGCCCCUGUGCCAGCGGAAACGAGAUUGCCGUUGAGUCAAGAAACGACGUUGCCAGUGUACAGAGAGUUGAGCAAAGACAGCAGCAGUCAGGCGGAGGACUUGACGACGCAGCAAAUUAUAGACGUUGUCAACUCAAUGGAAUGGGAGGACAACGAGUGGAUGUCAUUCACAAUGGUCCAGGAUGAAGCAUGAAGCUGUGGGUCUUUUUGGGAGUUGUCGUUUGUGAGAAGAACGCACCCUUAAUUCAUUCCUUUAAAAGUUUAUUUUUCUCCUGAGUCGAUUAAUAUCGGUGACACCGACUUUUUUUCGGUAUCGCGAAACAUAGAGCGGCUGGUAAUCCUUAAACUUUCACAACCAACCGAGUUAAACCAAC